AUGAAUUCCGAGAGGAGAAGCAUUCACAGUUACAAGUUCAUGGAGUCUCCGCUAACUAUUUUGAGAGGAUUGGGGGCACAUCUAGUUCUUGGAAACAAAGAUGAUUUCAAGACGGCUUAUGGAAACCUUUUGGGAAUACUGAACAUUGAAGUCAAUACCACUGUCGUAUACACUCUGGUGCAAUUCUACGAUCCUCCGUUGAGAUGUUUUACAUUCCAGGAUUACCAGUUGGCACCCAUAUUGGAAGAGUAUUCACACAUUCUAGGUAUUAGGAUCAAGAACCAAGUGCCUUAUGUUCGCACUAAGGAACUCCCCAAAUACCAAGUCCUUGUUGAAGCCCUCCAUAUGGGGAAGAAGGAAGUGGAGAUGAACUUGAAACCUAAAGGUGGAAUUCAUGGCUUCACCUCAAAGUUUCUAGUAGAUAAAGCCAUUUCCUUCGCCGAAGCUGGGAGUUGGACGACCCUCAACGCCAGUCUAGCUCUACCAAUCUAUGGGAUCGUAUUGUUUUCAAACAUGGAAGAAUUUGUGGAUCUGGCUCCUACUCACAUCUUUCCGACUCAGAACCCUAUUCUCACUCUUCUUGUUGAUACUUACUACUCCAUCCACGUGAGGACCCAAAAGAAGAAAGGAACCAUCAUCUAUCGUACUCCUUUGUUAUAUAGAUGGUUUAUUUCAUAUCUACCCAACAAAGGCCCUUUCGUUGAAAACAAAGACAAUUUGAAAUGGUCCAAGCGGAUCAUGUCCUUGAACUCCGAAGACAUCUCCUGGUAUUCUCGAAUCUUCGACAGUGUCAAACUCAUCCUCAAUUGUGGUGAUUUUACUAAUGUACCUCUUCUUGGUAUGAAAGGGGGAAUCAAUUACAAUCCGAGGUUGGCAUUACGACAGUUGGGAUACCCAAUGGUAGAUAAGCCUGACCUCAAAGGUGUAGAAGGUUUUGUCUUGUACGAAGGGGUUGAAAAUCCAGAAUUAGUCAAGAAGAUCGUCAAGGAUUGA